GGAAAACAUCUCUAAGCAUGCACUAAGUGCAACAGUAAAGGCAAAUAUUAGGAUGGGUGAACAAGGAUUAGGUCUUAUAGUUAUUCAGAAUGGAUCGUAUCUCCAGAUAACAAAUCUUGUUGAGGAAGGCUCUGCAGCUCAAAAUGGAAAGCUAAAACCAGGUGACAUUCUAAUAAAAAUUGGACAUGCUAAUGUAUUAGGAUGGACUCUGCGAGAGCUGAGACAACUCUUACACAAUAUCCCAGUAGGAACUAACCUACAAAUCAGGGUUUGCAGAGAUUUUGUUGAAUUACCUCAACACUGGCAACGUGUGGCUGACUUAAUUCCUGAAGCAAAGCUUCCUACAACAGCAGACACAUCAGGGGAAGACACUGAGGACAAAGAUGACACUGAGACCAGCAGUGAUGACAACGAUGAUGCAGACUUCAAAACAUUUCAGUGUAAAUCUGUGCAAACGUCAUGUUAUGACUUCACCCGUAAGUUAUCAUCGCUAUCCAGAACUUGUCACGCAUCUAAUACAAGCCACACACUUACAGUAGGCAAAGACACUGGAUGUGACAUUGUACUUCAUAAUGACAGUGAUACUUCAGAUAAUUCUGAAUUCAAUACUGUUGACAUUAGAUCUAUUUCAAAGUGGAUUAUGGAAGAGAACGAGACGAGUUCCUCCUCCUCCUGCUCUUCUGUAUCAGAUGCAUUCUGGAUGGAAGAAUUUGGCUUUCCUUAGGAAUAGCUCAAAACCUGACUUUUUCAAAACCUAGAUUUCUGAAGUUGUGUUAUACCUGCUCACUUUUAAUAUUUGAUUUUGAAGUCUACUACAGUGGAAGAUGAU